AAAACCCUCAACCUCGAGCAGCUUUCGUCGACUCCGCUGUCUCUCUCUCUCUCUCACAAUCUCUCUCUCUCGCUCUUCCGACACGAAUACACACACACAACAAAAUGUCCCACCACGCUGUCACAAACCCAGCAGCGCUACGGCAGCAGCAGCAGCAGCAACAGCGGGCCAAGCAGCAGCAGCAGCAACGAGACCAACUGACCUCGUUCGCUGCACUGUCCCCGUCGCACCAAUCCGUGCCGCCGAACGGAUCGCUCUCGUCAUCGGUGAGCAUCCUUGACGCAUCAUCGUCAUCCUCCGCCUUGUCGUCAUCUUCGGUCUCGCUGGGGUACACACGAAGCGGCGCUGCUGCUGGGUCGUCGUCCAAUCUGCUGUCCUCGUCCCUCCAGGGCGUCACGGCGCCUGCUUCUGCUGCUUCUUCGACGUUGGCAUCGUCGACGAGUUCUGGCUCGGUCGUCACAUCCAGUAACAACGCAUCCGAGCCGGAUGGCGCGUCGUCGUCGUCGUCGGCGUCCUCUCAUCCUUCAACGACAACAACUAGUACUACUUCAGAGCCAGGUCUAACACCCCAAGGCGCCACGAGCAUGGCUUCUGGUGGCACAAGUACUGGUCUGUCUCGAAGUGCAAGUACGGCGUCGACUGCAUCCGCGUUGCGCAGACGCCCGAGCCAGAGCGGACUUGUCAAGCCCGCGACCGCGCUCCAGGUCGACCAGUUGCUCGCCAACCGUCGCCUCUCGGUCGCCUUGUCCAUGGAAGCUGGCAAUGCGGCGGGCCUGAUUGACGAGGAGAGCGACGGAGGCGCGGAUAUCGACACCCCCGACGAGCCCGCUGACAACGAGGACGAUGAUUACCAAUCUACCAUUCCCUCCCUGUCACAACAAGGCGGGGCGGCGGCCGGCGGGGCGUUCGAUACAUCCAAGCCCAUGGUCUCGUCUGGUACCAGCACCGCCCAAGACCAGUCACAGUCCGGCGGCGGCAGAUCGCGCUCUACCGCUGGGAGCGUGUCCGCGUCCGCGUCCUUUUCGUCGAGUCGCGCCGGCUCAACUCAAUCGCUGCAAGGGAGCCACCACAGCAUCGACCGAGCCGAGUCGUUCGGCGGCAGCUCCAACAUGCCAGAGAACACGACCGAGCCACCAACGCGCACCCUUGCUGUGGUGCUCAAGCAAAUCCGACAUUUUGGCGACAGCGAGUAUCGGAAAAAGUACUGGAUGCCCGACGUCAACUGCAAGCAAUGCUACGACUGCAGCGGCCAGUUCACCGCCUUCCGACGUCGCCAUCAUUGCCGCAUCUGUGGCCAAAUCUUUUGUUGGAAGUGCUGCUCGAAAACCAUCUCGGGCGCUCGGUUUGGCGCGCGGGGCGAUCUGCGGACGUGCAACUAUUGCUACGGUGUCGUAGAAAGCUACACGCAGCAUGUCAACGUUGGAGCUGGUCUGUUGGCAGCAGGCGACGAGCCUUCCUCUUCCAGCUCAACGCUGCCGACCCACGCCGACCCGCCGCACAGACACUUGAGCACGCCCGAACCUUCACUCAUCCCUUCGACGAGUGGUGCUUCGCCGAUGCCUUCUGGCGCACCUCGUGGGCUCUAUCCCUCCGCCAGCAACUCUAGCCUGGCCAAUGCGGGCAGCGCUGGCUCCGGACCGCACAUUGCGCCCUCUCUCGAUUCGUCGUCGCCAAACCCCCUGGCACAGUCCUCCGCUUCCGCACUGGGGUCAAAGUCGCGCCCGCCCACCCGUCUAUUCUCACAGCCCAAGACCACGUCCGCUCGCGUGCCCGAGCACGGCAAGUACAACAUCGUAAUGACCAUCCUCUUGUCGAUUGCGGCAAAGGAAUCGUCGCUUGACAUCCGGGACCAUCGGCAUCGGCUGCGCAACUAUCCCGACACGUUUGUCGCGAGUGAACUUGUUGAUUGGCUGGUGUCGAACGGCCAUGCAACCAAUCGAAGUGAGGCCACCCAUCUGUGCCAGGCCAUGAUUGACGCACAAGGUAUUGAGAAUGCCGUCAUUUCGGAAGACCCAGUCUUUCGCGACGAGUACCAGCUCUUUCGAAUUGCCCCUCGCAUCCACCAGGAAGUGCGCGGCGAAGCGGUUGACAAGCAGCGCAGCAGCAACACUGCCACGUACCUCGCCCAAAAUCGCCACACUGCGACGCCCCUCUCAGACUCUGACGACGGCUCGAGUAAUCCCAGCGGCGACGAUAGCAGCGAUGAGGAGACCGACAUUGGCAAGUCGGAUGCCCGUGCGUCCUUGUCCAUCAUGAAGGCGCCCUCGUUCAGCAAAAAGCGCCGCCCCAGCACGUCCACUGGCGAUAGCACUGCCGCUGGAUCAAACCUGAUGCGCCGAGCGUCCUCCAACGAGCAGCUGGGCAAGCGCUCGGGCUCGGGCUCGGGCGACUAUGAGGGCUCACCCGCACUCGUUACCUUCUUCUCGGCCACAUCUGCUGCAGGGUCAACGCGGACGCGCAGCAACUCGUCUCGUCGAAAAGUCACCUCUCCCGACCAAGGCUAUGCGAGUGACGAGGAUGCGGGUCCGUCUUGGUUCCAGCAAAUCUCGCGGGGUCUGCACGACGCACCAAACACGCCUUCCAAACCCUCAGAGUCCCCUGUCGAAGCACAGCCUGAACGAGCUGAAUCCGCCACGCCUUUGCUCGAUCGCUUGUCUCGCGGAGACUAUUCUGGAACCCACACUCCUCCGUUGUCUCCAGACAAAACUUCGGGCACCACUACGGGCGAUGUGUCGCCCAACACAACGUCGCGAUCCUUCUCGCAAUCUGCUGUUCCGGUUACACUGGCACCAGUGCCGCUUGCAACGGCGGCGGCGUCAUCUUUGUCGACUGGGCCCACCCAGUUUGCCUCCCCGCAAACUCGCAGCAACAAAAUUGCAGAGCUUCGCCCCGUCAUUCGUGAUACCUUCCAGUUCAACUCGAACGAGGCAUACGAAGAAUUUAUCCGAGACUCAUUUGCAGCAGCGGCCUCCGCCUUGGCCAAUGCCUCCGCUUCGUCUCGACAGGGCGCUCGCUCGGCCCCGGUGCGGAUUGUGGUCGAGCGCGGCGCUCAAAAGAAGCUGCGCACGGAAGGCCAGCAGCACCUGACAAAGCUGCUGCGCCAACUGCUGGAUUCGGCCGGCGUUGACAUGUCAUGGAGUGAUGUUAUCAUGCCGCUGGUGCACUGCGCUUGUGAAACCAUCAAGCCGGAUGUUCGCCACGGAGAUCGCAUGGACGUGACGUACUAUGUCAAAAUCAAAAAGGUCUCUGGCGGCUCUCAGCACAUGAGCUCGUACAUUCCAGGUUGGGUGUGCACCAAGACCGUUGCCCACAAGCGCAUGCGCACGUCGAUCGCCAAUCCGCGUAUUUUGAUGCUCGGCUUUGCGCUAGAGUAUCAGCGCGUAGCAAACCAAUUUGUCUCGUUCGAUCCGCUGCUCCUUCAAGAGCGCGACUACCUCAAAAUCCUCGUCGCCAAAAUUAUCGCUCUCAAGCCAGACCUGGUCCUGGUCGAGAAGAGCAUCUCGCGCAUCGCCCAGGAAAUGCUGCUGGAUGCUGAAAUUGCCUUUGCACUCAACAUCAAGCCGCAUGUCAUGUCGCUGAUUGCCCGGUGCACGAAUGCCGAGGUCCUCAGCUCGGUGGACAAACUCAACUUUGACCCAAAGCUCGGCACCUGCGCGCGCUUCUACCUAACAAAGUUUGAAGACCACGGCGAUCUUGAUGCUUCGCCAAAGACGCUCAUGUUUUUCGAGGGAACGUCCACGCGUUUGGGCUGCACGCUGAUUUUGCGCGGCGCCUCCAUUGCUAUUCUGAGCAAAAUCAAGCGCAUCCUCAACCUGAUGCUGUUCCUCACGUGCAACUUGAACCUUGAAACCGAGUUUCUUCUCGAUGAAUGCGCCACCGUCUCUCUCCACACCAAAAAGCAAAACUCGUUCGCGUCGGCAUCGCUCUCCUUGCCUUCUUCGAUCGCGACCGCCAGCAGUGCUGGCACCUCGAUGGACGACGCCAUUUCUGUACUGAGUGCAGGAUCGACCAACGAACUGCUCUCUUUGUCCGCCCCAUUGAAUGUGUACAACAUUGGCUCGCCAGCUUUGCAGUCCAGUGGCAACCGCACACCUGAGGUUGACCAGUCCCAGACCCAGUCCUUCAACGAGCUUCCUGCGGUCGUCGGGGAAAGUGACGAAGUCAAGCCGCUGGCCGCCUCUUCGUUGCUGGCACCAUUCGCACAGCAACGGGCUCGACAAAGCAGCAUCUCGCAACUCGCGGGCUCCAUUACUCUUCCACGGGAGCUGUUGGACAUGUUUGCCCAAACCAUCUUGAGCGGGUCGGCAGGCGUCCACCCGCCGCUUCCGUUCAUUUUCACUCCAGCCGGCUUGGCCAGCGAGCUUCGUCAUUUCAUUCACGUCAAUCCGUUUUGGUCGCGGUUCUUUGAGACGUUUGCCAACACGCCUGCCGCGUCCGCCAUCAUCUUCCCGCCGCUGCCCGCACCUCCGUCGCUUCAGGCGCUGCGCACCGCACUGCAGCCCAACCGCGAAAUCAUCAAGGCUGUCCGCAAGGGCAAACGCAAGAUGCGUGUUGGAGUCAUGAAAAACCUUCCGACCAACUCGCCCGCACUUUCUGACGGACAGCGACAGAUUCUGCACCAGCAACAGCAGUACGACUCGAUUUUCCGGCGCCAACAGCGCUACGACUGCCUGUCGCCGUACAACCACCAGGAAAUCCGUGUUCUCUACUGGAACUAUUGUCUGUCGUCCAGCUCGCUGUGCCGUGCUCCCGAUGUCGUUUCGAUCAAGUUUUAUGGCGAAAACGACCUCACUCUCGGCCAGUUUUUGCAAGACCACUGCUUCCGCCCCAGCCGACCCAACCAAUCGGCUUACAAGUGUGAAAGCCCCGAGUGCACAUCUCCCAUGGUCAACCACAUUCGGUCGUAUGCUCACGACUCGAGCAAGCUGACCGUCUCGAUGCUCGCCUUCAACCUGAUUGCGUCAGACCUGCAGUCGCAAAUCCAGCAGCUCUUGAAUCACUGCGGGUCACGCGAAGGCAUUUUCACCUGGAGCUGGUGCAAGCAAUGCCGCCGCCUGGGCGCUCCAGUUGUGCCCCUGUCGAAAGAGUCGUGGCGCCUGUCAUUUGGCAAGUUUCUCGAGCUUCUCUUUUACGCGCACAAGUAUCGCGUCAAACCCCAUCACGACUCUGCCUUCAAUGUGGGUUCGAUGGGUCCCGCCGCCGCUGCAGCCGACAGUGGCAACCCAGGUGUGACUUGCACGCACUCGCUCCACCGGGACCACGUCCGCUACUUUGGCUUUAAGCAUCUGGUGGUGUACUUUGAUCUCCAAACCUUGCAAAUGCCGGAAGUCUCCUUGCCUCCAGGGUCCAUCUCCAUCCCAGCGCACUUUGAGCUUGAUUGGCAGAACGAGCUCACCAUUGUCGACGUCGAGUGCGACAAGAUCUUUGCCGUCAUCCAAGACCGACUGCGCCAUUUCAACUACGAAACGAUUGAGCCAGCCCUCAUGGAAGACUGUCGAGCUGAGGUGGAUGCGCUUCGUACUCGCUGCGAUGUUGAGCUGGAGGCUUUCAGACAAAGCAUGACAGUCGCGCGUGACCAAGUUCGCGAGCUGACCACGCUGGGGACGCCAAGCCUUGCAGACGUUAUCACGGCUACUCGCCUUGUGAAUGCCGGCAAAACCAGCUUGUGUGCGUUGACUGCAAGCAAGAACGCUUCCAUUCAAGAAAUUCUGCACAAGUACUCGAGCGAGAAGCACAAGAAGGCACUCGGCAGCAACAACUCUGCGGGUUCAAGCGUUGUUCCUGCCACUCCGGGUCACACGGCUCCAACCCUCGGAGUGGGUAGUCUGGCCGUCGUCGCCUAUCCAUCGACGCUUGGGCUGGCAUCGACUCCUUCCAACGCGUUCGGGCUGACCAUGUCGGGCGCGGCGGCUGGUUCUGCUUCGCUGGUGCUGGCAACUCCAAACUCGGUACCGCCAAAGGAUCAGCAGGAUUCCAACGUUGACCUGGAUGCCAUUCUCGAGAGUGAUACCUUUGACGAGACAGACGAUCGCGAGCCGCAGGAUGAAGGGGCGGAGGUUGCUUCCUCAAGACGCGCGGGUGUCAAUUGGAAAUCUACUGGGAUUGAGCAUGCGCUGUUUGAAGCAGCCUCUGUUGCGAUCGACUCCAAGGAUAAGCACGUCGCCGGGUCAAAGGCCCGGGACGGGCAGCUGCAUCAUCCCCGGCCCUUGUUGGCAGCUCCAGCGCUUGGUUUCAACAGCAAACCGCCACUGCUUCCUUCCACUUCAGCAGCUGCAAUCGCGCCAGGCGAAGCGACGGCAACCGCAGUCGACGAAGCGUCGCUUGCAAAAGUUGGCAGCACAGAGGAUGUUUCCGUGAACAUGCUUGACGGCUUGCUCGAUCCGACUCUCCUCGUUCCCGGCAGCGCCCUCCUGCCCAUUAUGAGCUCCACGAUUAGCGGCGUCUCACCCGGGCUCGAGAGUGCUCAACCGGCUUCCCCUGCUACAGCCUUUGGCACCGGACCGCCUUCGCUGAGUGCGAGCCAAGUGUUUGCUGCCAACUCUGGAGCCCGCUUGACCCUUGCCGACCGUCGUGGAUUGCUGCUCAAGUUCCUGUUGAGCCACCAAACGCUUUCCAUCGACAGAAUUGCCAUGCCGUUUUCUUCCAGCGAGCAUGCGCUGCUCUACCCAACUCAGGCCUCGCCGUACAUUGUGUACGAGGACGAGCCGUCUUCGGUGAUUGCCUUUACACUCUGCUCUCGCGAGUACAUUCAGCGUCUCACCGAGCGCCGUCAGUUCUUGGCGCUGGGCACCACCGGCUCUGGCAAACCCGUCCGCGUGGCGCGCCCGUCCCAAGGCGUCGAGGACUUGGCUCCCAACGUGUUUGGUGCCACCAGCAACGUAAGCUCCCCUUACCCAAGCGAGGCAGAGCCGAGCUUUGUCGCAGUACAGGCUCCAACCAGCUCGUCAUCGACCGCUCCGCCCCCGGGAAUGAAUGCUGGCGAUGUUGGCUCCGCACCCGUCGAUUCUGCAACACCCGAUUCCGAGCUGCCUCACAUUAUUCACCAGUUCUCGGACAUGACUGCCAAGUUUUAUUGCAAAGUUUUCUUUGCUGCCGAAUUCUCAAAGCUGCGCACACAAAUUGUCAGUGGCGGCGAUGCAGAGUUUGUGCAGUCAAUCUCGCGCUGCAAGUCCUGGCUAGCGACUGGCGGCAAAAGCGGAUCGAGCUUUUCAAAAUCGCGCGAUGAGCGUUACGUGAUCAAGCAGAUGACGCGGCUGGAAGCCCAGUCGUUCAUGUCCUUUGCCCCGCAUUACUUUGAUGCUUUGGAGCGUGCUCAGCAACAGAAGCGCCCGACGCUUUUGGCAAAGAUUCUCGGCGUUUAUCGCAUUGGCUACAAGAAUCACGAAACUGGUCGCACGCUGAAGCAGGAUUUGCUGGUGAUGGAGAACUUGUUCUAUGGUCGCAAAAUUACAAAGGCGUUCGACUUGAAAGGCUCCGUGCGAAGCCGUUACGUCCAGGCUACAGGCAAUGAUUCCGAGGUGUUGAUGGACGAAAACUUUUUGGAGAUCACCUACGCCAACCCUCUGCUGCUUCGAGCCCAUAGCAAGGGUGUCUUGAUGCGUGCCAUAUCGAACGACACCCAAUUCCUCUGUGACUGGAACGUGAUGGACUACUCGCUGCUUGUAGGCGUCGACGAGACCAACAACCAGCUCGUGGCUGGUAUUAUUGACUACAUUCGCACCUUCACCUGGGACAAGAAACUUGAAAUGUGGGUCAAGAGUACUGGCAUUCUCGGUGGCUCCGGCAAGGCCCCUACCGUCCAAUCUCCUGAGAUUUACAGGAAUCGUUUCCGCGAUGCCAUUGAAAAGUACUUCCAACUCGUUCCAGAAAAGUGGACACCCUUCUGCUUGUACCAAGACUAGCCCAAGAAUAGCUCUCUGCUUGGACCGUCGUGCUGUGUAGGAUGGACUUUGUUGUAUCACAAUUGUAAAUUCGAUUUAUUUUCUAUUGGUUUGUAGAAUUGGCAAACUACGUGUCGAG